UACUUAUUCGCCGUCUCCCCUCACGCGCUCGUCCUUCACUUUCCGCGGAGAGCGCGAGCGGAGCGCAGGACGCAGAGAUCUCGGUGUGGUCGCGACUGGACUCCGGAGCUGCAGCUCGGUCCUGUUCGGAUUCCCUGUCUAGUGCAAGUAGUGAACACCGGAUCACUUUUUUUAGGGAACUUUUUCCACGCACGUCCUGGAACGACCGCUGUGUCCGAAAGUUUGCUCUCUGACUCUGGGAUAUGUCUCGCUGAUCUGGACCUGAGCCACAACGAGCGGGGGAUUUGAUCAUCUAGAGAAACGGAACGGAGUGCGCAGAGAACCAUGGUGAGAAACGCGUGUGGAUAAAGAGCUAGAAGAUAAGAGGCUCGAAGUUUUCUUGUGCAGAACGAAUCUUUGGGAAGUGUGUAUCAUCUCGAAGAGCAUGGCCUCCAGUCUGACAUGUGCGGGUGUGGUGUGGUCACUCGUGUCCCUGCUGAGCGCCGCGGCGUGCUGCGUGGGCUUCUUCAUGCCGUACUGGCUGCUCGGGUCUCAGAUGGACAAGCCGGUGUCUUUCGGCACGUUCCGCCGCUGCUCGUACCCGGUGCGCGACGAGGCCAGACAGGCCACGGUGAUGCUGGAGCAGUGCGGCCGCUACGCCUCGUUUCAGGGCAUCCCGAGCGUGGAGUGGCGCAUCUGCACGGUGAUCACGGGCACCGGCUGCGGACUGCUGCUGCUCGUGGCGCUCACGGCGAUGAUGGGCUGCUGCGUGUCCGAGCUGAUCUCCCGCACCGUGGGCCGCGUGGCGGGGGGCGUGCAGUUCGUCGGCGGUCUUCUCAUUGGGUCGGGAUGCGCCCUGUACCCCCUCGGCUGGGACAGUGAGGAGGUCAAACAGACAUGUGACAACCGCUCAGCCCAGUUUGUACUGGGCUCGUGUGAGAUCGGCUGGGCGUAUUACUGCACCGGAGCGGGUGCUGCUGCGGCCAUGCUGAUCUGCACCUGGCUGGCUUGCUUCGCCGGCAAGAAACAGAAGCAGUACCCGUAUUAGGAAAGAAUCCGACAGCUUCAGCUUUAGCAUCAGCUUUAAGCACAAAGCCAACGGCACAGAGCAGCCAAGGACGAAUGUCUCAGCGUGGACUAUAGAGAGCAGAGUCGCUCUUUCACCUAAGGCAUGAGCACUUUCUCUAUUUCUUCUUUUCCAGCUGCUGGGAUCCUCUCACAGACUGAAUGCCCACACAUGGAAGUAUCUAUUGAUAUAAAACAGACUUAAUCCCCCAAGCAGCCGACGCUCUCGCAUAUCAAACAUGUCUAGAGGACGAAUGUCAAACCAUCAGAAGGACCAAUUACACUUAAUGUCUUCUCUUAAUCCUGAGAGUGCUCUUUUUCUUCUAUGUUCAGUGUACUAGUGCUAGUUAAGUCUGUUUUAAAGGUAUACAUAAUGUGCAUCGUUAUUAUGAAUCAGUUAUAUUUACAUAUCCAUUUUCACAUUACAAUACAAAAUGCAAUAAUUGUCAUAUUCACCAUACAGUGUUAAAUACGCAUUAUCAGAAGGUUAAUGUCUAUCAUUUUAUCAUCAUGUAUACAAUGGAAACCGUAAACACUAUAUACGUACAUUGUGAUUUAAAGUAUAUGCUUCAUAUCAACACAUUUUGUGAUAACGUACAAAACAUGUAUUGUAUUAGCCAUUAUAUGUUGUAAAUAAAGUCUUUCCUUCAACAGAA